AUGGAGUGGAACACAGAAACCCUACAGUUUCUUUCUCAAUGUUUCCUCAACACACUCUCUCCUCUCCCGGAACCCCGCCGCCGUGCUGAGGCGGCGCUGGCUGAGGCCUCCGAUAAACCCAACUUCGGCCUUGCCGUGCUCCGCCUGGUAGCCGAGCCCUCCGUCGACGAACAGACCCGUCAAGCUGCCGCCGUUAACUUUAAAAACCAUCUCAAAUCGCGGUGGGUUACCAGUUCACCCAAUGAGUCGAAUCUCCCAUCCCUAAUUCAAAUUUCCGACCCGGAAAAAGCCCAAAUCAGGUCCCUGAUUGUUUCUCUAAUACUUCAAUCCAGUCCCCGAAUCCAAUCACAGUUAUCUGAAGCCCUAGCCAUGAUCGGUAAAUAUGAUUUUCCGAAAUCGUGGUCCACUUUGCUUCCUGAGCUCGUUUCGAGUCUUAGUAGUGUUAGUGAAGCAAAUGAUUAUGCUUCUGUUAAUGGAAUCCUGGCUACUGUAAAUUCGUUAUUUAAGAAAUUUCGGUAUCAGUUUAAGAUCAAUGAUUUGCUUAUUGAUUUAAAAUACUGUCUUGAUAAUUUUGCGAAGCCAUUGUUGGACAUUUUUAAGCGAACUGCUGGAUUGAUUGAUGUAUGGGCUAGUUCGGGUCAGCCAGCUGAGAAGCUUAGGGAAUAUAUUGAGUCUCAGUGGUUGUGCUGUAGAAUAUUUUAUUCCUUAAAUUUUCAAGACUUGCCUGAGUUUUUUGAGGACCAUAUGAGUGAGUGGAUGAUUGAGUUCAAAAAAUAUUUAACCGUGAGAUACUCGGCUCUUGAAGAUGGUGGGGGUGAUGGGCUCUCAUUGGUUGAUGAGCUGCGAGCUGCGGUGUGCGAGAAUAUAAGUCAUUAUAUGGAAAAGGAAGAGGAGUUGUUUCAGGGGUACUUGGGUGGUUUUGUUGAGGCUGUUUGGAGUCUCCUUGUGAUUGCUUCUGCAUCUUCUAGUCGUGAACGGCUAACUGUGACAGCCCUCAAGUUCUUGACCACAGUGAGUACCAGUGUUCACCACACUUUAUUUGCAAGGGAUGACAUUUUGCAGCAAAUUUGUGGAAGCAUUGUUAUCCCGAAUGUCAUGUUAAGGGAUGAGGAUGAGGAGUUGUUUGAGAUGAAUUAUGUUGAGUUCAUAAGGAGGGAUAUGGAAGGGAGUGAUCUUGACACGAGGAGGAGGAUUGCUUGUGAACUUCUUAAGGGAAUUGCCACAAAUUAUAAGGACAAGGUUACAGAAAAGGUUUCGGUUCAGAUACAAAAUCUUUUGGCCUUGUUUGCUGAAAAUCCAGCUGCAAAUUGGAAACACAAGGACUGUGCUAUUUAUUUAGUUGUUUCACUUGCAACCAAAAAGGCAGGUGGUAGCUUGGUCUCGACUGAUCUUGUGGAUGUUGAGAGCUUUUUUGGAACAGUCAUUGUACCCGAGUUACGAAGCCAAGAUGUGAAUGAGUUCCCAAUGCUGAAGGCGGGAGCAUUGAAGUUUUUCACUAUGUUUAGGAAUCAGAUUUCAAAACCUGUUGCAAUGGCUUUACUUCCUGACGUGGUUCGGUUCCUUGGUUCAGAGUCAAAUGUGGUUCAUUCUUAUGCUGCGAGUUGCAUCGAGAAGCUCUUGUUGGUCAAGGAUGAUGGGGUGAGGGCGAGAUAUACAUCAUCUGAUAUCAGUCCUUUUUUGCUGGCUUUGAUGACCAACCUUUUUGGUGCCUUGCAGAAUCCAGAAUCAGAGGAGAAUCAGUAUGUAAUGAAAUGCAUCAUGCGGGUGCUUGGAGUAGCCGAUAUUACUACUGAGGUUGCUGCCCCUUGCAUCACCGGGCUAACUUCUGUCCUCAAUAAAGUCUGCGAGAACCCGAAAAACCCCAUCUUCAAUCACUACCUCUUUGAGGCAUUGGCUGUUCUUGUCAGGCGUGCCUGUGAAAAGAACCCUUCGCUUAUAUCAGCAUUUGAAGCAAGCCUUUUCCCCAGCCUCCAAUUGAUAUUAGCCAACGAUGUAUCAGAGUUUUUCCCUUAUGCGUUCCAGUUGCUGGCUCAGCUCGUUGAGUUGAAUAGACCUCCGAUUCCACAGCACUAUAUGCAGAUAUUUGAGAUCCUCUUGUUGCCUGAUUCAUGGAAGAAAUCCGCAAAUGUUCCAGCUCUUGUGCACUUGCUUCAAUCCUUCCUUCAGAAGGCACCAUAUGAACUUAACCAAGAGGGGAGGUUAACUCGUGUGCUUGGAAUAUUUAACAAGCUGGUUUCAUCCUCUAGCUCAGAUGAACAAGGAUUUUAUGUGCUCAACACAGUUACAGAGUACCUUGGAUAUGAUGUGAUUUCACCCUACAUGGGCCACAUUUGGGCUUCCCUGUUUACACGGCUUCAAAACAGCAGAACAGUGAAGUUCAUCAAGUCUCUGGUGAUAUUCAUGUCUCUAAUGCUGGUCAAGCAUGGUUCUCAGAACCUUGUGGAUUCGAUCAACACUGUUCAGCCCAAUAUUUUUCUUGUCAUCUUGGAGCAGUUUUGGAUACCUAACCUCAAGUUUAUCACAGGUUCCAUUGAGCUUAAGUUAACUUCAGUUGCUUCGACUAGACUCAUCUGUGAAUAUCCAGGCCUAUUGGAUCCUGCAGCUGGUAGACUCUGGGGGAAAAUGCUGGACAGCAUUGUUACUCUUCUCUCGCGGCCAGAGCAGGAUAGAGUGGAGGAGGAACCAGAAGUUCCCGAUUACGGGGAGACUGUUGGUUAUAAUGCCACCUUUGUACAUCUGUACAAUGCUGGCAAGAAGGAGGAGGAUCCUCUUAGAGAAAUUAAGGAUCCAAAGCAAUUUUUGGUUAAUUCACUUGCAAAUAUUUCUGCUCUUUCACCUGGGAGGUAUCCCCAAGUCAUUGCUGAAAAUCUUGAUCCCGCAAAUCAAGCAGCAGUACUCCAGCUUUGCAGCUCUUAUGGCCUCUCCAUAGUUUGAGAAAGAUGCUGCCUCAAAGUUCUCAUAUGAUGAUAAGGAAAUGAUUUGGAUUUGUGGUCACAGUUUUGCUGAGUCUGGUGUUGUCCCACUGCAUCUGUGAGCAAAUGGAACUUUUGCAUUGCAUUGCAACCAACUGUGUCAGUUGGGUAAGCAUCAAUGUGUCUUUUGCAGGAUGUUAUGCAGCAGAGUUUGCUUCCUUCAUGGUCACGGUAUGUCCCUUGUCGUGCCUACCUCAUUAUCUAUGAGUCUGGUUCAACAUGCUUUUAUGGCAAAUGUUGCAUUGCAUGUACCUUGCGGUUAAUCAUGUUGUACCUUAAAACAACUUCAUUUUUUUUGGUGUCCUCCCUCUAGCAUUUGCAUCAUUCGGUGUGGUUAAGUCAGUUAUGUCGGGAAGAAAUAUUGUAUUU